AUGAUGGGCCCGCAGCCGCCCAAUGUAGCUAGAUUAUCUUUGUACAAUUCACCUUCUUCGCCCCGGACAUCCUCUCCCGUCCCAGCCUCAGCAAAUACAUCUCGAUUCUCUGUAGCUACCUCUACAUCUGGUCCAGCUGUACCUCAUCCCAUAAGCACAACGGCAACGAAUGCCUCCGCUGCAAAAGCGCGUAGUGCAAUAUACGACAGGAAUCUAAAUAAAAGCAGGAUGUCACAAGUCUCUCUCUCGGCAUACGCUUUCCUGUUCAGUGAAAUUGUGCAGUACACACAGAAGAGAGUAAGCGGUAUAGGUGAUCUUGAAAGACGACUGAGCACAGUGGGCUACCGAAUUGGGCUUCGUGUUGCUGAAUUACUCGCCUGGCGCAACGAUCCCACCAAAAACCCAAAGCGAGAAAUCAAACUGGUCCAGGCACUCAUGUUCAUCCAUACUCAAGUAUGGAAAGCAGUGUUUGGGAAGCCCGCGGAUGCUCUCGAGCGUGGGUUGGAGAAAGAUGAUGAAUACAUGAUAGUAGACAACGAUCCUAUUAUCACGCGAUACAUAUCCAUUCCAAAGGAUAUGAGUCAGCUCAGCUGCUCAGCGUUGACAGCGGGCAUAGUUGAGGCUGUCCUGGAUGGCCUAGGCUUUCCCGCACGGGUAACUGCACAUUCCGUACCAACAGAUGCGCAUCCAUUACGGACAACUAUCCUGAUCAAAUUAGAUCCGUCAGUAUUAGAGAGAGAGGACGCGCUCAAAUAA